AUGCUCCGUGACGAGCUCCUACGAUCUAAAAACGAUGAGAUCGCAAACUGUUUGUCGCGCAGAAAGCGCAAGCUCAGCGCAUUGUAUCUAGCCACGGUCGGGUUUGGCGCGACCGAGGACGCUCAUUACCACCAGAAAGAACAGGCCUUCCUUGACGCCAACGAUCUAUCCAAAGGUCGUUAUUUCAAUGAAGCUACUCUUCCACCGCCAACCCAUGUGCGCGCGCGCUCACCAAGUCGAAAUGCAAUCCCCCCGACAACAGCUGCCAUCACCAGUGCCAAACCUGUCGCUGGCAUCACUCUACCCUUAACUGUCGAUGGCCGAGCUCCGCACGCGACCGAGCCUCAACAGCCCGGAACGCCCGUUCUCGACCAACCUCAGACCGCGACACCUGAUCUUGCGCCUACGCCCGUGGACACAACCGGAACACGUCAACCCUCAGUGCCAGCCAUCAGCCCUAAGCUGCCGAAGGAUCUUAACGUGCCACCGAUCGCUGUGCAGUCACUAGACUCAUUGCGCUCCGACCGGAAAGGUAGUGUACCGAUAGCGGAAACGCCGCCCAGUGCCUACGACCAUGACGGAAACCAAGCAAAGAUAUCUCCCCGCGUACCGAAGCCAGCUGCGACUGGAGUUCCAUCACUGCAAAUUCCCUCCGAUCCUCUUCGAAAGAAACACGAAGUACGACCCUCUCUUACCUUGGGGCUAUCUCAACACGAACAACCACCAUCACCUGCCUCCUCCAUUGACCCCUACAAUAAUAAUACACCCGUUCCAGUUGCCGCAUCACCCGACACAAGCCCUGCAGAAGAGGUGGCUGAAGAUGUUGGGACGAUUGAUCGCCCAAAACAUAAGCAUGACCGACCUGCCCAUGCUCGUCCGAGCUUGGUUCCCUUGACCCCAGAUGAGCAAUUACGCCUCGAAGAAGCUCAGUCAAAAACCGACCAGCCCUUGAAUGAUGUGAUGACUGAUCUACCUUCAUCGAAAGAGGUCAUUCUGGAGAGCGUGGACACUGGAGCCGAUACGGAUCGCAUGGAUAUCGGCCAGGAACAUGAACCCGUCCCCUCUGAAGCGAAACCACUGCAAGGACCCGAGACAACUGCGCGAGACUCGUUGUCGCCAACCGCACAAGUUGAAGCCGCUGUAGAUUCAGCUGUCGAGACUCCUACGGCCAAAAAGCUUUCUAUUCCAGCUACUCAACCUGGUUCGACACAACUAGAGCGCAUGACCACUCGGGUAUCAUCGGGAGCCAUUCGACACAAGUCUGUUUCCGAGAUCCUUGGAGAAACCCCUAAGAGCGUUACUCAUGAUAGAAGCCACCCAGCUACCCCAUCUGAUCAAGGCACUCCUGACUCUGUUGCAAGAAUGCGCUUCAAGGACCGGAAGGAGCGGGAGAAGGAGAGAAGCCGACUCUCGACUGUUGUGUUUCCCAAGCAGCCAGCUCAGCAGGAGAAAGCCGAUAUGGACCUGACGCACCGAGACAUGGAUGCAGUUGCCAAGCUGAAUGAAGAGCAAGACUAUCUUUUCACAUUAUUCUUGAACAGAGCGUACGCCCCUCCACGGGGAACGAACCUUAAUACUCUGCUGGCAUCUGCGCACAAGACUUUGAGUACUAGCAAUCAUCUGCUUGAAUACCAAGAACAGAUGGAUUGCCGUACUCUCCGGCGCAUCUAUGCUCUUCAAAAUGCCAAUCGAUGGCCAUUGCGACAAUUAAAACGCUCUGUCGAACCUCCCCGCCAGGGAACGCACUGGGACGUUGUCUUAGAUCACAUGAAGUGGAUGCGAACCGACUUCCGGGAGGAAAGAAAGUGGAAGAUCGCUGCUGCAAAGAGUUGUGUCGAUUGGUGCGCAGAAUAUGUCAACAGCGACGUGGAACAUCGGACCCUGCUUCGUGUCCAAACAAAGAUUCCAACGUCAACUCCGGUAGAAAGGGAUUCUUCCAAGGCCGGUCUCAGCCCACCCUGUGACGAUGUAGGUGAUGAAGUGUUUAGAGUUGGUCAUCACACUCCGGAUCUCAUCCCAUCUGCCGAGGAGGAAUCAGUCAGUGAUGGGUUCAAUGAUGAGCCUCGGCACGAUAUUCACGACACAGUCGCCCCCGCUGCUAUUUUCUCCCUGGGCUCGGAUGAGUUCAACUUCUCAAUUGACAUGACCCCCGCCGCCGAAAAGUUGUUAGAUGAACUGCCGAUAUAUGGACCACUCCAGAUCGCCCCGGGCACGAACGCACCAGUAUUCAAAGUCUCUCCUGACACAGUUUGGAAAACAGAACUACUACCAGUGUCCAAAUUUGCAUCGGCGAAGAUUAACUUCCACGAUGACGAUAAUCCUCGCAAACGGAGCCGAUAUGACUACUCCCAGUACGGCAAUGAUUUGGAUAAUAGUAUCACCGAAUUGGCGCCCGAGCAGACAAAUGUUGCGCUGUUCCGACCAGAGAACAAGCCCAUUCGUGAUCGGAUUCACCCUGGUCAUCAAUUCCGGCCUCCAACUGAACACCCCAUGCCAUCUGUUGGUUUCUUUGAAUCGCGUUCGUCCUCACAAUGGACUUACGCUGAGGAUGAUGAACUCCGACGCUUGGUCAAGGAGUACUCUUACAACUGGUCUCUAAUUUCCAGCUGUCUUACCCCGUCAUCACUCUUUACAUCUGGCGCCGAGAGACGGACUCCUUGGGAAUGUUUCGAGCGAUGGGUAGGACUGGAAGGUCUUCCUGCGGAUAUGUCCAAGACUCAAUACUUCCGAGCUUACCACCAGAGGCUUGAGACUGCCCAACGCACUGUUUUGGCUCAGCAGCAGGCUGCCCAGCAACAGCAGCAACAACAGCAGCAGCAGCAAGGUGCCAACGCUCAGCCUCAGCCACCCGUCCGCCGGAGGACUACUCAGCCUCUUCGGGUCGACCGGAGACGAUCUUCGAAGCACCUUGCUCUGCUUGAUGCGAUGCGAAAGCUGGCUAAGAAGCGGGAAACUAUGCUUCAGAAACAGCAGCAUGCUUCCCACCUCGCUUCAUUGCGGAAAGCUAAUGAGGCUAACCAGCCCAAGCCUCCGAUCUCGUCUCCGGCUGAGUUCAGCCGGUUGAAGUACGACAGAGAGAUGAAACUGCAGGAAAGGCAGGAACAGUACCGCCAGCAAAUGAUUGCGCAGCAAAGAGCUAGUCUCGCAGCGCAGCGUUCCGGCCAAGUACCUAACCAGCAGCAAAUUAUGAAUGUGCCGGGGCGUAACAACGCCAUGCCCCCUACUUCCAAUCCUAGCCUACCGGGUGGAACUCCGAACGGAAUGACAAACGGCAUGCCUCCUGCUGCUGGUGUCAACCAAGCCCGCCCCCUUCCAAUGCAGAACAUGCCUAAUGGUGCACAACCCAAUGGCCAGAUGCCUAAUGGAAUGGCCAUGAAGAUGAUGCCCCAAGCUCAAAUGCAGCAGACACCAGGGGCACGACCAGGCCUGCCGAUGCAAGCCUCUCCUGAUAACACACGCGUGAUUCGAGAAGCCAAUCGAUUGCAGGAGCAGCAGCGUCUUCUCCAGUCUCGGCAACAGCAGCAGCACCCUCCUCAGCAGGGCCAGCAAUUCCACAACCCGCAAUUUGGGUCUCAGGGAUCGCCGAACCUGAACAUGGCGAAUGUUAAUGGUACUCCUAAUAACCCUGCUAUGAUGGCUGCCCUCCAGAAUCAAGGGGGAAUGCAGAGUCCGUCGUUCCACGGUAGUACACCACAAGGCGUCUCAACCCCUUCGCCUCGUAUGGGUCAGCCUAAUCCUCUUUCGAGCGGUGUUGUGCCCCAAAUCAGCACUCUCCAAAGCCAGAUUCAACGCACGAACCCGAAUAUGCCCCCCGAGCAAGUGACCAAGCUGGCCACGGACCGGCUCAACCAAUACCAGCAGCAGCAACAGCAGCGCUUGUCCCAACAAGCAGCAAUGAAUGCUGCCGCAGGUAGCAUCAAUGCAAAUGCCGUUCAGGCUAACUACCAAGUUCCCCACGAGGCUAGUUUCCAGACUCCGAACGGCGGUUCUGCAAUGCAGGUCCCUCAAAACCAAGGGUUCUCCCCAAUGAUGCGGGUCCCCCAGGCUGGUCAGCAAAACCGCGUUGGCCCGACUAGCUCGCCCGCCAUGAACGGUGCUGCACCCCAGCCCAGCCGCAGUGCCACUCCUCAGAAUCAGCGCAGCGGCAGUGCUCAAGCUGGUGCCGUCCAAGGUUCCAGCAAGAGCCCACACGCUCCGGCAGCCCAGACCGCGACCAGCUAG